ACCCGCACCUCAUGAUCAAUUACCCGACUUGUCACAAGACGAGUAUGAGUAUCGAGAUACCCACCCAACAAACCCAUUGUCAUUCCUACUGCCAUCUUCUUACAAGAAAUGACAGCAAGUGCCACAAUAAUUAUGUUCAUCAAUGGAUGCGCAGAUUAGAGAGUGAUAAGGUUGAGGGGAGGGUAUCUGUGAUUGAUGGGGUUAAUUGCAUGCUUGGUCACUAAGAUUACACAAAAUGUUCAAGUUUGGUCACUCUAAAUAUUUAAAUCCAUUGGUGAUACUUCAAUUUACUAAAAUCGUUCACGUUUGGUCACUCUCCGUCCAACUACGUUAACUUUUACUUAUGUGGCGGUCAACUUUAAAAGUUGACCGUUAAGUUAGUGAUGUGACAAUUAAAAAUUAAUAAAAUAAUAAAAAUUAAUACUUUAUUUUCCACCUCAUUUCUAACAAUUAAAAAGAUAAAAACAAAAUUGCAAAUUAUAAGUGAGUGAUGUCAGUCCAAUCUGGCCAGAAUUCUCCAAAUCCCUUCCACAACGUCUUCAGGGAGAGGCUCUGCCCACUGGCCUCUAGCCCAUUGGCGAUGUCUCUCACUUUUUCCUCGCGAAACGCCCCCAUGCUCCCGAAGCAGAGGAACACCACCGUCAACCUCCUAAUCGACCGCCACGCCGCCCUCUCCAUCUACCUCCUAAUCAUCACCACCCCCUCCACCGUCGUCGCCAUAACCUGCUACACCGGCUCCCUCCCCGCCGAUUCCCCUCGCCUCACUCUACUCCACCUCCCCAACGACGACCCACCCCCCGCCGCCGACGGCGAUUUCUCCCUGAUCGAAACCCAAAAGCCUCGAGUCAGGGAAGUCGUCUCCGCCGCAAUCGGCCGCUUCCCCGACGGUGCGCGACUCGCUGGAUUCGUCCUCGACAUGUUCUGCACCUCGAUAGUCGACGUCGCCGAAGAAUUCGGCGUCCCCUCUUUCAUCUUCUUCACCUCCCCAGCCUCCAUCCUCGACUUCAUCCUCCACAUCCAGACCUCGCACGACGGCGAUGAAGGGUUCGAAAUCACCGAGUUCGAGGGGACCGAGUUGGUCGUGCCGAGUUGGGCAAACCCGAUUUCGCGUUGGGCUUUCCCUAACAACGUCGUGAAGAAGGAAUUGAUCCAAUCGUUCUACAGAAUCGCGAGAGAUUUCAUGAGAACUAAAGGGACUUUGGUCAAUUCGGUGAAAGAGCUGGAAUCUUGCGCGGUGGAUGCUCUCUCCUCUUUCCCUAAGGUGUAUCCGGUGGGACCUAUUCUGAAUCUGAAGGGCGACGGCGACGGUGGAACGAAGAAGGAGGAGGUGAUUGAGUGGCUUGACCGGCAACCGGAGUCGACGGUGGUGUUCCUCUACUUCGGGAGCAUGGGGGCGUUUCGCGAGGAACAAGUGAGAGAGAUCGCCAAUGGGCUGGAGGUUAGUGGGCAGAGCCUCUCCCUGAAGACGUUGUGGAAGGGAUUUGGAGAAUUCUGGCCAUAUUGGACGGGCAUCACUCACUUAUAAUUUGUAAUUUUGUUUUUAUCUUUUUAAUAGUUAGAAAUGAGGUGGAAAUUAUAAAGUAUUAAUUUUUAUUAUUUUAUUAAUUUUUUAAUUGCCACAUCACUCACUUAACGGUCAACUUUUAAAGUUGACCUCCACAUAAAUAAAAGUUAACGAAGUUGGACGGAGAGUGACCAAACGUGAACGGUUUAGUAAAUUGAAGUACCACCAAUAGAUUUAAAUAUUUCGAGUAACCAAACUUGAACGCUUUUUAUAAUCCCAGUGACCAGCCAUACAAUUAACCCCGUACCCCGUGAUUGAUGGAUGGGCUAAGAUCAGGUGACUAAGGGGGGGUCCCUUAGUCACAUGACUAAGCCAAUCUCAGCCACUCAACCUCAUUAAAAUCUAAUGGUCCUAAUUUAUCUAGUUUAAUGAAGGAUAAGAUGGUAA